AACAAUCUAUACAGGAAAUGCGCCAUAUGUUGUCUAUGCUCGAGAUUAAUGAAAAAAGUGAAUAAAGCGGUAACAAUAGCGAUAUGUUGAGCCAUCUGGUUACAUUUUGGUAUUAAACGAAAGUAAUUGAUUUUAGAGAGUUUUGUGAUGCUUUAUCAUAGGCUGCGAAUUUAUAGACAGCAACGAGUGAUUGUUAGAGAGAAUAUGACUUCUUUGAGUUAAAUUGUUGCCAGUUCAGAACCCUGGACGGCACCAUCACUGAUUCCAUUACUGAGUUCACUCACUGGUUGAAUUUCUUACUGGUGGGUUCAUGUUAUAUGAAUACAGGUCCAGCAAAGCUCUCCUGUUCGUGUUACUCUCAAUUAGCCUACUCACCCAAAACACUAAUAGAAACCAGUUGGUCUACUAGCCCAUAGAACCCAGUAAAUGUUUGCUGAGUGGGAACUGCUCACAAUGCUGUUUCUAUUAUCCACACUACAUGAAGUUACGCCUCUUUUGCAUGUUGAUUGGUUGACAUUAUGGCAGGAAAUAUUCCCAUAAAACAAAGCAAUGAGACAAUGACUGCAGGAAAGAAAACAUCACUAAAUAGUCUGAAAAUGCAGGACCAUUCUAUGUCCUAUUAAAAUUAAUCCUAUUCUAUUGAAUGUUGAUAAAACCAAAUGUAAUGUAAUUCAUGUAUAACAUUGGUGAUCAUGAAGGAAUGUCAGUUUUACUCUGCACACAGUAUUUCUUGAAGUAUAUAUACAUUAUAAUUAACAAAAUCCUAUGAAUAAAAUGUUUGAAAUUCCAGUCUAUUCCUCAUGGGGUCACUGUUGAGCUUGACUUGCUUCAAAGCAGCACCAAUCAUAUCCUGACACGAGUAGUCUCCAUAUUUGUUGUGUGCUUUCACAUACGUUCAUCACCACAAAAGACAUUGAGACAGAAUAUACCUAUAACUCCAGAAUGCAUUCUUACAACAUAUAAACCCAAUAAGAUAUUUCAAUGAGUUAUUACAUCCUUUAAUCAAGGUACAAAAGGAAUAUAAAAUGUAGGCUAUAACAAAAUGUAAUCAACUGAAUGAGUCCCCCCAUUCAAAGGCAUAUCAAUCAAUACAAAUUCUAAAUGUUCUCAUUUUUAAAGAGAGAAUUUAAAAGUUUUAUUUAUUUAUUUUUAAGUGACUUUAUAUGUGUCAGGUCCUGAGUGUUGAGUGUGCUCAUUUGUGUCCAGACUCUUCAGCAUGCUCAGGCAAGAUUGUUUCUCAGGGCAGUAGCAUUUCCAGGACUUAGGAGCCUUUGUCUGGCCAUCAACAAAAGCCUUUGGAUUAAUGGUGAGGCUGGCUCACAGUACAGCUGUGUGCGUGUAUGGGCAGGUCAGUGGAAUGAUUGGAGCACCAGUGGGCUAAGCACUCGAAAAAAUGCAGUUUGGUGAGAUUGUAGAUUAAGAGCGAGGGAGGGGCUGAGGACAGGUGCUGACUUCCAGAGAGGGGAGAGUCUCUGUUAAAUUAACUUGUGUGUUGGUUAAUCUAUACUACAAUCCUGUUUAUUCCUGAAAUAGCUAGUCUUCUGGAUGAGUGAAGUAGAUGCUUGGUUGGGUGGUGCAGGGACAGUCAUAGAACAAUUUACCAUUAUUUUCCUUCUCUGAGGUACCUACCUGUGAUCACACACUUCCUGCAACAAUAACAAAAACAUCUAAAAUGGGGGAGGUUGUGAUCGGAUCAACCAAUGACAAUGCAGGAAUACAUUUUCCUGAAAGACACUGCAGCUCUGUACAGCCUUCUGAUACGUUACCUGGGCAAGCUCUAGCCAAGCAUCUCAUUGCCUUUCCAUUACCAACCAGAACUUAGGCUCAUUGUGUCCUCUAAGCUCGAACAGACAAGGUGGUCCUCUAUAGUUGGCUUUAUUCACAGACAAAGACAAUUAAGGAGCCAUGGCUGUUGCAAAUUUCCAAUACAUAACUCGGAUGAGCAGUGGUUUCAAAGUCUACAUCUUGGAAGGUCAGCCCAACCAAAGAAGUGAAGAUAGAUUCAGGCAUAUGGCCAAUGAGAGAGUUCGAGUGCCCCAAGUGCAUCCGGUCAAGCGCAAGCACAGCUUUGAGUGUGGUCUAACAUUGGAAGAAAGGCGAGAAAGUGCACAAAGCAGGAGCAACAUGAGAAGGCCAACUGUGUUUAGUGUUCCCCAGAGUCCCACAUCCUCCUGGAGCCCAACCCCCAGCCCCACAGGUCAUCUGCCCUGCCAUGUGUAUCCCACACCACCUAUCGAUGAGCCACUGGACCUAAUUAAGAAACCAAGGAAACAGCCUGAGAGGACAGAAGAGAAAACCAAAAGCACUACAGCCAUCAAUCAGAUGCGUCCUUCUGUGAUCACCUGUGUGUCCUCCACAAGAAAGCCCACCUGCAGAUCUGAGGUCGGCAGCAGUAGCCACUCCUCCACAGUGUUAUCUAAGCACAGCUAUGACCAUGUUGUGGAGGAACAUUUCAAGAGAAGCCUGGGGAUGGACUACCAAAUGGCCAGCUCCCGCCAGCUCUCCAUCAGCGUCUCUGUGGAUGACCAUUUUGCCAAGGCCUUGGGAGAAAAGUGGUUUCAGAUCAAAUCAAAAUCCUCCUCAUGCUCCUCGUCUACAUCCUCUCCACCCAGCAGCCCAAGUGUCACUCACUCCCCCAGCUACGGCCACAGCCCAAACCAAGCUCCCAAAGAGUCUCCAAGUACCACCACUCCCACCUCCACCUUCUGGUCAGUCAAAUAAAACUACAGAGAGCUUUCCUGGAGAAAGAGUGAACUUUGAGACAUAGUAUUUAAUGCGAUACAGCGGCAGAUCCAUGCUUUUCAAGGAAUAAGAGCACCAAGGAGAUAACGUUGGUGAAAGUGUAGACUCGAGAACAGGAAUGUAGGAAUACUAAGCUACUCUAUAUGGUUGAACCAUUGAGUGCAUCUCCAUGAGUCUAUUCCCUGCCAGUGGAAAGGGAAGUUAUUUCAAUUUCAGGGGACAAGCAAAUGUUGCAGUGAUGUCUUAUUUCUCAAUUUCUGUCCCAGCCUAUCCCAGCCUUUUCAAUAGCAUAUCUAUCUCUGAAUAGAUGGUGAUGUGGGAUGAUAGUUGGAGAAAAGAAAUGUGCCAUUAUAUUUCAUUAAAUGUGCCAUAUUUCAUUUCAUUCGGUGAAGAUGCCACUACUUUCGUGAUACUGUAUUUAUACUAUAUGUUUUUUAACGAACCUGGAUCCUAUUUUCAGUCUAAUAAAUUAUCUACUGUAUAUAGUGCUAACACAUUCACCAAAUCUGUUCAAUACAGUAACUUCACGUUUUUGUAUAAACUAUGGACAUCUCAAAAGGAAAAACCUAUUUGUGUUGGGAUAUUGCAAGUUAUUCCAUUAGCUUUAUGAAUUAAAACUUAAGCUAACCUUAUUAUUGUAUAAAAAAUAAACCUGGAGAUUUCAUAAAAAAAUGUUUGUGCAAUUUAUACGUUAUGUACUUGUUAAAAAAAAAUGUAAUGCUUAGAAAACGGUUGAAAUGCGUGUACAAAACAUGAGGAACACCUUCCUAAUAUUGAAUUGCACCCACAGUCUCUCUUUGUCGGCGCACUUGGGACCUACUACCAUACCCCGUUCAAAGGCACUUAAAUCUUUUGUCUUGCCCAUUCAUCCUCUGAAUGGCACACAUACACCAUCCAUGUUACAACUGUCUCAAGUCUUAAAAAUCAUUCUUUAACCUGUCUCGUCCCCUUCAUCAACACUGAUUUGAAGUGGCUUUAACAGGUGACAUCAAUAAGGGAUCAAAGCUUUCACCUUGAUUCACCUGGUCAGUCUAUAUGGAAAGAUCCUAAUGUUUUGUACACUCAUUCAGUUCAUUAUCAUUACCUUCCUUGAGUCUAUGAUUGUAAUUGUUGUACAUAAGUUUUUAAUAAAAUACC